CAUAAUCUCAGCAAAAUGGCUUUCAAGUUCGUAGCAUUGGUCUCGCUCGUCGCAGCCGUAUCAGCUGGCCUCAUACCCGUGGAGCACCACGAGCAGCCACAGCUUUAUCACACCGGAGUGCCACAGCCGCAGCAUGUGAUCUACCAAAAGCCACAUGACAUCCACGCCCACGCCCACGCUCAUGAGAUCUAUCCUGAUGAUCCCCAUCCCAAGUACAAUUUCGCCUACGACGUGCAGGACGCAGUCUCCGGCGACUCCAAAAGCCAGGUUGAGUCCCGUGACGGCGACGUGGUGCAGGGAGAGUAUUCCUUGGACGAUGCCGACGGCUACCGCCGCACCGUGAAGUACACCGCCGACUCCGUCAAUGGCUUCAAUGCUGUCGUUCAUCGCGAACCCCUGGGCCACAUUCAUCACAAACUGAUCGCCUCUGCCCCAGCUGCACCCGCUCAAUAUCAUCAGUCGGCUGUGCUGAAGGCUCCUGUGGCUUACGCUGCGCCCACUUACGCUGCGCCCACUUACAACGUGCACCACGAACACGAGCCUCAGCAACAACUGCAGCACCACCAGCAACAGCACCAGGACCACUAUGCCACCUACGAGUCGGCGCCUCCAGCCAGCCAUGCUGCUCAGGAUUAUUAUCAUCACUAGAGCUGCGACGCGCGACGACGGAAGUAUUAUUGCAUCCUCCAUUCCAAAUUCCCAAUUUCCAUUACCCAGCAUUCUUAGAUCCCUAAGCUCUGUUAA